UUUUUUUUUACCACACACUCCAUUACAUUUACCUGAACGCAACCCAUAAAAUUCUCUUCCAAAUUACAGAACCCCAUCUAUCAAUUACUCAUCUUCUUCCCAUCUCUUUUCAUCAUCUCGUUCUAUCUUCUUCUAAAUACUCUAUUUACUCGUCCAUUGCUUUCUCCACUCGCUGGUCUCUCUUGACGCGACAAACCCUUCCUGCCUUGCCGUUCCCUGGCUGCAUGCGCCCCACCUAUUUUUUCAUCAAAGCCAAUUGUCGCGUCGCGAAUACUUACCAAAUUUUCAUAUUAGUAGUACAUACAAAUUGCCUGAGACCAUGGCGACUACCGCAAUGGACUACGAGACAGCUAACGGCGAUCGUUUCGAUGAUGACGGUCCUCGUUACGAGCGUGAUCAGCGAAGCGCAUCUCCUCGCGCCUCUCGUGAUGAUGGCAUUGAUAAUUCCCGACGUCGCUCAGCCUCCCCCGGUGCCAACCAUGACCGGUAAGUUCUCAAGAAUAUUAUUAUGUCCGGCUAGAUACGUUUCACCGUAUCUUAAGCCAUUUCAUUUGAUAUCGAUCUCUUUUCUAAUUUUCAUCACCAGUACUCUCAGGGACGAAAACGGUAGUAAGGAUGAGGAUGGUUCAAUUAACCCCGGAUCCAACCUAUUUGUGACUGGAAUCCAUCCUAGAUUGACCGAAGCGGAGGUCACGCGUCUUUUCGAAAAGUAUGGUGAGGUUGAGAAAUGCCAGAUCAUGAAAGAUCCCCACACGAAAGAGUCCCGUGGAUUUGGCUUUGUCAAGAUGGUCACGUCUGAGCAAGCCGAUGCAGCCAAAGAUGGAUUGCAGGGAGAGGAGAUCGAGGGUCGAACUCUCAGUAUUGAGAAGGCUCGCCGUGCUCGUCCUCGAACCCCAACUCCUGGCAAAUACUUCGGCCCCCCCAAAAGAGAGAGUCGCCCCCGCUUCGAUGAUCGACGCCGUGGCGGUGGUUAUGGUGGUUAUGGACGAGAUGAUCCAUAUCGCUACCGAGGCUACGAUCGACCUCGCUACGAGGAUCGUGGUGAUCGAGGUUUCCGUGAGGAACGAGGAUAUGACCGCAGUUAUCGCGAAGGCCGUGGUGGCGGUGGUAGCGGUAGUGGCGGAUACAGUGGUAGCCGAGAAGAGCGCGGUGGUUAUGAUCGUGGUUACGGCAGAGAAGAUAGACGUGAACGUGAUGAGGGUUAUGGACGCAUUGAUCGCUAUGCCGGCGGUCGUGAGGCUGGCGGCCGUGAGGAGCGAGAACGAUAUGCACCUCGAGGAGGAGAUGAGCGACGUGCCCCUGGCUACGAGCGCGAUCGCUACGAUCGCCCUGACCGCGAAGGUCCCCGCGCUCGUGACCCGGCUGCUUCUGGUUUUGCUGAGCCAGCAGCUCGACCUGACGCCCGCGAGACAUAUGGAGGUGCGCCUUGAACACCAAACAGCAACAACUCGACACAUCCAGCCUGCCGCUGCUAAUGCGUCAUUUAGGGAAUGAUCGCUACAUGCGUUGAGGGAAGUUUUCCCUUAACAUUUUCACUAACGGCAUGAGGUUUGGUCGAU